AGAGAAAAUCCUGCUUUUUUUUGAGAGAGAUAAAUUCCUGAGAGGAAAUAAAAUGCCUCUCUGAAUUGUUUGGAGUUUUAGAGAAAGAAAAACAACCCAUACCAAUCUGUGUGGAUAUUUUUUCUUUUUUUCCCCCCUAACAAUACAUACUUUUCUCCCACUAUUCCCCGCCUCCCUUUUAUUUUCUCUCUGUCUUUUAAGGGAAUGGACACUGAGGAUGGGGAGUUGCAGGACAGCUGUGUUCGUUAAAUUUCACAAUGAAUCACAGACAAGAUUGAAGCAGAACCCAAGGAAAAACAGACGGGGAGACAGUGUAACGAGAGAAAGGGGAGAAAACAAUUUCCAUUUGCAACAGUUACUUUUUUCCUGCAUCCUGUUUUAUUAGCAAGGAUUAGAAGUCCUCACUCCCAUCCUUUAGAAACAAAAUCCUAUCUCUGUCCACCCUACGCCCCCCCCCACCAAAAAAAAAAUCCCUGGUUAUAAACUUACCACCAAUUCCAGAGAAAUUUUCAUCCCUUUUUUCACCCCCCCCACAAAAAAAUCCCCCUCUGUUUUGGUUCGUUGGGGCUGAGGAUUUUGUUUUAUUUUUGUUGUAGUUUGUUUGUUUCGUUUUUUUUGUGGCACAGUCGAAUGUUCUGUUGGGUGCUCCAAAUGGGUACGAAGUGUAGAACAAAGACGCUGACCUUGUGUUGGGGUUUGCUGGUUGUCUGCACCUCUUUCACUCUGGGACAAACAGAUGCAGAAAUAUGCAGUGGUAUGGAUAUCAGGAAUCAUGUGAGUGACUUCCGGCAGCUGGAGAACUGUACCAUAAUUGAAGGCUACCUGCAGAUCCUGCUCAUUUUCCAUAGCAAAGCAGAAGACUUCCGCGCCCUCCGAUUCCCAAAGCUGACGGUUAUCACCGACUACCUGCUGCUAUACCGCGUCUAUGGGCUGGAGACGCUGAGGGACCUCUUCCCAAACCUCGCUGUCAUCCGUGGAAUAAACCUUUUCUUCAACUACGCCCUGGUCAUCUUCGAAAUGAUUCACUUGAAAGAGAUUGGGCUGUACAGCCUCCAGAAUAUCACACGGGGUGCGGUAAGGAUUGAAAAGAACCAUGACCUCUGUUACUUAUCCACCAUCGACUGGUCCUUUAUUCUGGAUCCUGUGGAGAAUAACUAUAUCGAUCGGAAUAAGCAGCAGAGCGAGUGUGGGGAUGUUUGCCCGGGAACCAUGGAGGACCAACCCCUCUGCAUUAAGACCAGUGUGAACAACCAGUAUAACUACCGUUGUUGGAAUGCGAACCACUGCCAGAAAGUGUGCCCGAAGACCUGUGGAAAGCGAGCUUGUAACGACAAGGAUGAGUGUUGCCAUGAAGAGUGCCUGGGAGGAUGUACCGCCCUGCACAGCAACAGGGCCUGCAUGGCAUGUCAGAACUACUACCACGAGGGCCAGUGCCUGCCCAGCUGCCCACCGGGUACUUACAAGUACGGAGGCUGGCGAUGCGUGACCAAGGACUUCUGUUCCAAGCUCCAAGGCAACAGUCCCAAGGAACCGUUCGUCCUCCACCAGGGAGAGUGUAUCCUUGAAUGUCCAGCCGGCUACAUCCGCAAUGGCAGCAGCAUGUAUUGCACCCCGUGUCGAGGCCCUUGCCCCAGUGUCUGCUCAGUGAAAACAAAAACCAUCGACUCUGUCACGGCAGCUCAAAACUUGCAGGGAUGCACGGUUAUCGACGGCAACUUGAUCAUCACAAUCCGCAGAGGGAACAACAUCGCGGCAGAGCUGGAAGCAAACCUGGGGCUGAUAGAAACCAUUUCAGGGUAUGUGAAAAUCCGCCAUUCUUAUGCCCUGGUCUCCCUCUCCUUCUUCAAGAGCCUGCGUUAUAUCAAUGGGGAGGAUCAGCUGGAAGGGAACUAUUCCUUCUACGUGUUGGACAACCAGAACCUUCAGCAGCUGUGGGAUUGGAGCCGUCACAACCUCACCAUCAAACAGGGGAAAAUCUACUUCGCCUUCAACCCCAAGCUGUGUGUGUCUGAGAUUUACCGCAUGGUGGAGGUGGCUGGUGUGAAAGGGCGACAGGGCAGUGCCGACAUGGAGCAGAGGACUAACGGAGACAGAGCGUCCUGUGAGAGUCACAUCUUGAAGUUCACAGCCAAUUCCACAGCGAAGAACAGGAUACUACUGAAAUGGGAGCGUUAUCGACCUCCAGAUUACAGGGACCUCAUCAGUUUUAUUGUGUACUACAAAGAAGCACCCUUUCAAAAUCUCACAGAGUACGAUGGCCAGGACGCAUGUGGCUCCAACAGCUGGAGCAUGGUCGACGUUGACCUUCCCCAGAGCAAGACGCAAGAACCUGGGGUGUAUCUAACGAAUUUGAAGCCGUGGACGCAGUACGCCAUUUUUGUGAAGGCUAUCACCCUUGCCACUUCUGAAGAUGGUCGCAACCACGGGGCAAAGAGUGAGAUCAUCUACAUGAAGACAAAUGCCUCAGUGCCUUCAGUCCCCCUCGACGUGCUGUCUAUGUCCAACUCCUCCUCUCAGCUGGUGGUGAGGUGGAAGCCCCCUGCUUUCUCGAAUGGUAAUAUCACCUAUUACCUGGUGCGUUGGCAACAACAGCCGGAGGACACAGAACUCUAUAAACAUGACUACUGCCAUAAAGGUAUGAAGUUGCCCACCAGAAUCUCCGCGACCGGGGCAAUUGACCUGGAGGGUGAAGGUGAUGCCAACUCCAAGCAGUCGGAGAAAACGGAGCAUGGGCAAUGCUGUACGUGUCCUAAAUCUCCAGACGAGCUCAAGGCAGAGGCUGAGGAAGUCAUGUUUCAAAAAUCGUUUGAGAACUUCCUGCACAACUCCAUCUUCAUGCCGAGACCUUCCAGGAAGCGCAGAGACACGUUUGGAAUAGCGAACACCACCCUGGGUGUGAACAACACAGUCUUGCCAGAACGGCACGGGAACAGUUCCAACCCAGAGAGGAAGACUGACUACACCUUCUUCGAGAGCAAAGUGUGGUACAAGGACAGAACGGUGAUCUCAAACUUACGGCACUUCACCACGUAUCGCGUUGACAUUCACGCGUGCAACCACGAGGCUCUUAAACUCGGCUGCAGCGUUUCGGCAUUUGUGUUUGCAAGAACCAUGCCAGCAGAAAAAGCUGAUAACAUACCAGGCCCAGUCACGUGGGAGCCCGGGGACGACGAAGUCAGCAUUUACCUCAAAUGGCCGGAGCCACCGAAUCCGAAUGGGCUGAUCCUGAUGUAUGAAGUGAGGUUCAGCCGUGGGGACAGCGAGGUGCAGCAGGAGUGUGUUUCCAGACAACAUUAUAAGCUGCAAAGCGGUGGCUGUAAACUGGAUCGACUGAGCCCUGGGAAUUACACUGCGGAGGUGCGAGCCACCUCACUGUCUGGCAACGGCUCCUGGACUGACCCAGUGAUGUUCUACAUAAAGGCAAAGCCACCUGGACCUGAUAAUCUUAUGCAGUUGGUUAUUGCUUUACCCAUUGCGGUGAUGUUGGUGAUAAUUAGUCUGGUGUUAAUGCUGUAUUUCUUCAACAAGAAGAGAAAUAGUGACAGACUUCCGAAUGGAGUCCUGUAUGCCUCUGUGAACCCGGAGUAUUUCAGUGCUGCUGACAUGUACGUGCCAGAUGAGUGGGAGGUCCCACGCGAGAAAAUCACCAUGACCCGCGAGUUGGGACAAGGCUCCUUCGGGAUGGUUUACGAGGGCGUUGCCAAGGGUGUGGUGAAAGGCGAUCCGGAGACACGAGUAGCGAUCAAAACAGUCAAUGAGUCGGCCACAAUGCGCGAACGAAUAGAGUUCCUCAACGAGGCGUCGGUGAUGAAAGAGUUCAAUUGUCAUCAUGUGGUACGUCUGCUUGGUGUUGUAUCCCAAGGGCAGCCGACGUUGGUGAUCAUGGAACUGAUGACACGUGGAGACCUGAAGAGCUACCUGCGGUCACUGCGACCAGAUGCAGAGAAUAAUCCAGGCCAGCCACCACCCACCCUGAAGAAGAUGACACAGAUGGCAGGCGAGAUUGCAGAUGGCAUGUCUUACCUCAAUGCUAAUAAGUUUGUUCACCGGGAUCUUGCUGCCCGGAACUGCAUGGUGGCUGAAGAUUAUACAGUGAAGAUUGGAGAUUUUGGGAUGACACGUGACAUCUACGAGACGGAUUACUACCGGAAAGGAGGGAAGGGGUUACUGCCAGUUCGCUGGAUGUCACCUGAAUCGCUGAAAGAUGGCGUUUUCACCACCCACUCUGAUGUCUGGUCCUUUGGUGUAGUCCUCUGGGAGAUAGCCACUCUGGCAGAACAACCGUACCAGGGGAUGUCCAAUGAGCAGGUUCUGCGGUUUGUGAUGGAGGGUGGUUUGCUGGAGAGACCGGAAUCGUGUGCGGACAGCCUGUAUGAGUUGAUGCGGAUGUGUUGGCAGUACAACCCAAAAAUGCGUCCUGCCUUCAUGGAGAUCAUCCAGACCAUUAAAGAUGACCUGGACCCAUCGUUCAAAGAGGUUGCCUUCUUCUACAGCGAGGACUGCAAGGCCCGUGACAUCGAGGAGUUUGAGAUCGAGCCCGAUAACAUGGAGAGCAUCCCCCUCGACCCAUCCUCCACACUCCAACACACUGACAAACACUCAGGCCACAAGGUGGAGAACGGACCCGGCGUGGUCCUCCGAGCCAGUUUCGAGGAACGGCAGCCCUACACCCACAUGAACGGGGGCAGGAAAAACGAGAAAGUGUUCCCUUUGCCCCAGUCGACAGCCUGCUGAUCCCCUCCCCACUCCUCCCUGGAACCAAGACAAAAGACACACACACACACACACAGACACAGACAACACACAGAGACAGACCACACACAGAGACAGACCACACACACACACACACAGACACACACACACACACACACAGACACACACACACAGAGACACA